GGAGGAGGUGGUGAGAAGAAGGAGAGCGCGGAAAUCGGUCGUCGAAAGAGUAGCGCGCGAGCGAGGCCCCCUACGGCGAUAAGGCGAGGCCCGGUGGAGGGAACGACGCAUGUAUCGCGCGGGGCCGGUCGCGCGGACCGGGCCCGCCGUCGCCGCCGUCGCUACUCGUGAGAGAUCGCGCGCUGACCCAGAUUUCGGCGGGUCAAACCGGCGCGAGGAGGCCGCGGCGGACUUUCUGAAAUGGGACACGGCGCAGCCUGGAGCUAAAUUAGCCGCGAUGUCCAAUAAGAGUAAGUCCCAGCCGCAGCAGCAGCAGCAGCAGCAGCCGCAGCAUUAUCAGCAACAGCAGCACCAGCAGCAGCAGCAGCAUCAUCCUCAUCCUCCGCACGUGAUCAAACCAGUAGACCAUCUGCCGCCGCGCUACCAGCCCCCGCCGCAGCCUUCCAGCGGCAUCUUGAAGAACCAUCUGCACUUCGCCAACGGAGCUACGUCGACGUCGAGCUCGGCCCAGGCGGGCAAUCAAGGUCCGAGCGCGGCCUUGAGCCAUCAUCAGGUAGGCACGCAGCCGCGCACGCAACCGCCACCCCCGUCGUCCUCGCAGCAUCAUCAGCAGCAACAACAGCAGUCGCAACAGCCGGCUCAGGCGCAGCAGCAACCGCAGCAGCAGCAGCCACCGUCGAAGGAUGCGCAGAGCAAGUACUCGCCAAGGAUAGAGCAUCGUCAUCAUCCCCAGCCGGGUAACGCGCUGAUCGCUGCCGCGUCGGCGGCGGCGUCCAAGAGUCAACAGCAGCCGCAGCCGUCGACCUACCUCCAGCAGCCUAAGCUCGGCCAGGGCCCGUACCUGCCGCCCAGCAGCCAGUAUCCGGCGGUGAGCGGCGGCCAGAGCGCGCCGGUCAGACAGAGGAUCAGCGACGACGAAUUCCUGCGACUCGGCCCCGUGGAGAUGCUCAAGUUCGUGCGCAAGACCGAGAGUGACAUCGCUAGGCUCGCCGCCGAGCAGAAUCGCCAGAUACAGAACUUGUUGAAUGAGCUGCGGUUGCUGAAGGAGGCCAACCAAAGAUUGAACGACGAUAACCAGGAGCUGCGCGAUCUCUGCUGCUUUUUGGACGACGACCGACAAAAAGGCCGCAAGCUGGCGAGAGAGUGGCAGAGGUUCGGCCGAUACACGGUGAGCGUGAUGCGGCAGGAGGUCUCGGCCUACCAGAACAAGCUACGUCAACUGGACAACAAGCAGCAGGAACUGAUCAAGGACAACCUGGAGCUCAAGGAACUGUGCCUGUAUCUCGACGAGGAACGCGGCGGUGGCCAGAGGGACGACGGCGACGGCUCGAGCUCGAGCACGAACGCCGAGGAAACUGCGCCGCCGAGGCCGAGGCACACUUCCACAUUUAACGACCAAACGAUGCAGUACGUGAGGAGCCUGGAGCAACGGGUGAAGCAGCUGGAGGAGGACAAGAGCGUUCUCCAGGCCCGCGCGCAGGGCUGGGAGGUGCUACCGUCGGGUGAAGUUUGGGACAACCCCGCGAGCCCGAACGAUAACGCUCACCUGGGCAGCCGGCCAGAGGCCGUGGUGCGCGCUCUUCAGGUUCUCGAGGUCAGAGAACAACUAGAGAGAGAGGAGGGUCACGACGGGGAGAAGGCGUUAGUUAGAGAGAUGUGCAAUGUCGUCUGGCGGAAACUGGAGGAAGGUCCACAAGCGAGGCAUUAACGAUCGUGCCGGGAGAACGACUAUCUGUCAAUUUUUGAGUGCUGUUAAUAUAACGCAAAUUCUAACAUACGUUCGUGACGUAAAGAUAGUAUUAUAGCGGAUAGGCGAUACAUUUUAUCUAGAUUUUUAUACGAUUGUACAAUAAUCUCGAUACGAGAGUACCGAUAGUGUCUAUUUAUGUAAAUGUAGUUUGCGCAGAUUGUCUAUUAAAAAAAAAUAUUUUUACUA